AUGCCUCACAAGCACAAACGACGGCAAAGAGAUGAUGACGACAACUUCGACCUUCCCCCGACAAAGAUCGCAAAGCCCCUCCCGGCAAAUAUCAGUAAUGGAGGCUCCAAAGAAACCUCAAACAAACGGCACCAAUCGAAAAAGUCCGUCCAGAACUCCUUCAUAGAUGAUACCCCGAAAGCAUUUAUGCGCAUGAUGCAGCAGUUUCAAAAAGCCACAUCUUCAAGCGCCCGGCGCACUCCAUCCUGGCAAGAAGAUGGCGGGACGAAGUCUAAUAGGAAACGUAAAAGGGGAGAACGUGAAGUUGGCACACUGAUCGCAAAUGGAGAAGCAUCGACAUCGAGAUGGGCAGACUCUAAGAAUUAUAAUAGUAGCGGCAAAUCCAAUGGAGAAUUCCAGCAGAAGAAGGAUACAACGACAUCUUCGCAAUCGCAACCUGCUUCCUCCUCUUAUUCUAUUCCUAAAAUCCUCCCCGGUGAGCGCAUGUCCGAUUUCGCUGCACGUGUCGACCAAGCUCUACCCCUGUCCGGCAUCUCGAAGAAAUCGGGCACGUCAAGUAUAAGCAAGGAUCCUGCGCUGAAGAACCUGCGAGAACAAAGACAGACAAAACAUGAGCGGAGACUUCUUCGUCUACAGCGGGAAUGGAGAGCCGAAGAAGCGCGGAUUAGGGAGCGGGAAGAGGCUGAGCGCGAGGAAAGGGAGGCGCAGCAGGAAGAGGUCAAUGAGCAGUGGAAGGCGUGGGAGGAGGAGGCGGGCUUGACGAAAAAGAAAAAGAAGGCUGCAGCGAAGACUAGGAAAAAUAAGAGGAAUAAUAAAUGGAAAGGGAAAGCUGGUCUGUUGGAUGGGAAUGCAAGUGGUUGCGACACCGAGGGCAACGACAACGAAGGAGACGACGACGACGAUGACGAUCCAUGGGCUAAGCUUAAUCGAAAAGCGAAGGCUAUGCAGCCUGUUAAUCCGUUUGAGGUUGUCCAGGCGCCUCCUGCACAGUUGACGAAGCCGAAGGAGAAGUUCAAGAUGAGAGGCGUGGGUCGUGCGGUGGUCAAUGUUGCCAACGUUCCGGCGGCAGCGGGGAGUUUGCGGGCCAGAGAGGAGCUUGCGGAACACAGGCAAAGUAUUGUGGAUGAGUAUAGGAAAAUGAUGGCAACCAAGAGGGGGUAA